GGCGUCGGUGCCGCGUCUGCCCGUCGGAACGCGCUUGUUGAUUGGGCGGGGGGCAUCGCGGGUGCGCGCAACAUCGAGGUUGCGUGGCCGCUCAUCGAUCAGGCGACGGGUGACCGGGGCUGGCGGUGACAUUUUAGGAGGCGAGAGAGGGAGAGAAAGAGUGAGGUAUUCCCUCCUUCCCCCACCCCCCCUUACAUACACAGCCAGAGCAGGUCCGGGCGGCACGAUGAGGUUUUGCUGUAAAUAUCCAGCCCACUAAUGGCGAAUUUAGUGGGGAGUAUGAACAUGAAACCGGGAAAGCAAACCUGGAAUGUGUCUGCUGAUGGAUUAAGCAGAGGGAAUGGUAAUUUGAAAGGCUGCGAGGGAGUAACAGAAGGUGGGGAAAUGCUGUCAGUCACACCUGCAUCCAUGAUGCAGUUCCUGCCGUCUGGUGGUAGCAGUAGUAACAAGCAGCAACUAGUUGGAGUUGAGAUCGCAAAUGGAACUAGUGGGCAACAGGAGCACCUUACCCGAGCAGCCAAUGACCUGUCAGAGUUGGAGCAAAGUCUUGCUGCUUUAAAUGAAUUGCAGGAUACCGGGAACAGAGCAAAAAGUGAAAGAGAAAUAGGCUUGUACCCAGGUACCUGUGAUGAUGAUCUAAUUGAGGUCUUUGAAGAUAGUGGCUCAGUGGAUUUUUUGCCAGAUCUUGAGUUCUUCCCAUCUCCAAAGGGGGAGAAACAGCAGGGCAGCCCCUGGAGCCUGACUGCUUUCUGUGGCGAUGACGAGUCAGGCCUUCUAUCGCCUCUGUCCUCUGAUCCUGCCCUGCCUGGGGGCAAUUUGUUGGAACUACAGCCUAUUGAAGAUCGUACUGUUCCCUGGCCAACUUCAGAAAGUAAGGGUACUGAGAGCAAGGAAAAUAUCUGGGCCGCAUUGUCAGCCAGUACUUCUGCUUCAAAGGAGGUGAAGCUGGAACAGGAAAGCUACAUUGAGUUGGUCACUCCAGGAGUCAUCAAACAGGAGCAAGUCAACAGGGGUUACUGCAGUGCUGCAAAUGGGUCAUCGUUAGCACAGAGUGCAGACAAAGAUCCCAUUUAUAUAUACAGUACUGAACCAGUUCAAACCAGUGGCGACAACAGACCCAUCUUCGACUUCAUUCCGGCUAUCUCAGCUGUAACUCAAGCCUGGGGAGUGUGCCAGCAUUCCAAUCCAAUCUUUACUGGCAGCAAGGCAGGGGAUCUCUCAUCUGUGAGAGGAACUUUACCAUCCAAGCGCAACAGCUCUGGUCUGAAAUCUGAAGGAAGCUCGUCAACCACCUCCACCUCUAAUGCCUCCUCGGGGCCACCUGCCAAAGUCUGUCUAGUUUGCUCAGAUGAAGCAUCUGGAUGUCAUUACGGUGUUCUUACUUGUGGCAGUUGCAAAGUGUUUUUCAAGAGAGCUGUGGAAGGGCAGCAUAACUACCUCUGUGCUGGAAGGAACGACUGCAUCAUUGACAAGAUUCGCCGAAAGAACUGCCCAGCUUGUCGUUUUAGAAAGUGCCUCCAGGCUGGGAUGAAUCUUGAUGCUCGGAAGACAAAGAAGUUGAACAAGAUGAAAGCACCACAUACCAGCACCUCAGAAAUAACAUCAAAGGCAGCACCACAGGACUUUUCUUUAGUUCGGCCUCCUUUGCCUGCUUUGAAUCCAUCUACAAUCUCGAUCCUUGAGGUGAUUGAGCCAGAGCUGUUGUAUGCAGGAUAUGACAACUCUCUGCCUGAUUCGCCUCACCGGCUUCUGUCAGAAUUGAAUAACUUAGGUGGGCUACAGAUGGUCUCAGUUGUGAAAUGGGCAAAAGCUCUACCAGGAUUCAGAUCCUUGCACCUGGAUGACCAAAUGCUGUUGCUGCAGUAUUCUUGGAUGUCUCUUAUGGUUUUCAGUCUUGCUUGGAGAUCUUACAAACACACCAACAGCAGUAUGCUCUUCUUUGCACCAGACUUUAUCUUCAAUGAGAAACGGAUGCAGCUGUCAACUAUGUACGAUUUGUGUAAAGAAAUGAGCAAUGUCGCAUUGGAUUUCAAAAAGCUUAAGGUUGCCUACGAGGAAUAUCUAUGCAUGAAGGCAUUAUUGCUGCUUGGUACAGUACCAACAGAUGGCUUGAAGAGCCAGGCUUCAUUUGAUGAGAUUCGAACCUCGUACAUAAAAGAGCUAGGGAAAGCCAUAGUGAAGAGAGAAGGAAGCUCAAGCCAAAACUGGCACCGUUUUUAUCAGCUGACAAAACUUCUGGAUUCAAUGCAUGAUGCUGUUGAAGGGUUGUUGCAGUUUUGUUUUUAUACUUUCUUGGAAUCUAAGACUCUCUGCGUGGAGUUCCCUGAAAUGUUGGUGGAAGUCAUUAGCAACCAGUUACCAAAGGUUAUGGCGGGAAUGGCCAAACAGCUCCGGUUUCACCAUAAGUGACUGCCUUAAAACAGGAAAAAAAUGCCUUAAAGUUAUCCUCCAUAGCUUUUCGCAAAGUGUUCGGAUUUUGGAAAUGUUUGUCCUGCAAACGCUUGCCAUUAUGUCAUAUGCACUACAUAUGGUUUACAGAAGGUUAGACCUGGGCUGAGGUGAAAAGGUGACAGUUUUACAGCCUAGCAAUUGUACAAUGGACAAAUAUAGGUGGCAGAAAAUCUGCAUGUAUUUUGUUGUGAACUUUAUUUUUGUGUACUGCGAUACCAGUUUGAUUUUAUGCAUGCAUUCUAAUGAGAAGUUUACGGUGUAUAUCAGAAAAGGGAAAAUUGUGCCUUUUUUAAGCUUUUUAUGUAGCCAAUUUGGACAGUUUACUCUAUUGUUAAUGCAGGAGAACUGGUAACUUGCUCAGUAUUUUCUUUAUCUGUAUGUUUUUUUUAUAUAAGUGGAAUUUGAGCCUGAUAAAGUUUUCCUUUAUAACCAUCAUGGAAUUCUGUGUUGUACAAGUAAACUUGCCCAUUGCUCUAAUGUAAAUGUGUAAAACCUGAUCAUUUUGUAAUAUACUGAUCAACAAACUGGUAUUUGAACUACCUGGAAAAAAAAUCUGGUGUGUGAUUUGAGAGGACAAACGUAUUUCUGGAAAUUAUUUUACUUUUCGAGCUUGGAUUAUGUAUGCCAUUCUCUCUCUCUCUCUCUCUCUCUCUCACUCACAGAUAUAUAUAUAUAUAUAUAUAUAAUGACCUGGGUUACAUUACUUAUAGGAAUUUACAGUGGCCAUAUAUGAUGAAGUGUCAAUUAAUUGCCAUUGGCAACAUGUGAUACUUUAUGACUUUAUUUUGUUCAGUUCCAGUGCUUGUUGGUUCACCAAUGCUGGUAGAUUUAUGCUCGUGCUCCACUAUGGAGCCAACACAGCUUCUGUGAUAAACUCCACGACAUUAAUUAGGAAAAUCCCCUUUCAGUUUCAACGGGGAUGGCGCAUUCCUUAAUGUAAGCAUCUUAUAGCAUUUAAAGAGACAGUAGUCCAGUAUAGAAUAGAACUAAUUCUGGUGAUUUUAAAAGUUUCUAUUUUUUAACUGUGUUGUUAGAUUGCAGUUACAUUAUGUUUUCAGUAAAUUUCUAGUUGAUCAGUCAAUCAUAUUCAUGCUUCUGUCUGGUGUAGAGUUUGGAAUUCAUUGGAGGACAAUACCACCAUAAUGUAGGGAAAUAACUGGAGUUCCAUUCAUGAUCAUAGUUGCACAGAUGGGAUGAUAAUUCAAGAUAAAAUGAUUAUUAUUGCAGUUAAGUCUGUGGACUGGAAAUACACUUGGUGAAAGCAAGAAUUGUCCUCGGAAAGAAAUCAGAAAAUGAAAAAGCUGAAAUAGUUCGAAAAUUUUUUUCCUCUUAUUUGUAAAUUACUCUUCUCCGCUCUGUGACAUAGAGGUUACUACAUCAAUCAGCAGUGGUGUUUUAAAUCAAACAUGGUUCAGACAAAAUAAUUUAAACAUAAUCUUUGCUGUUUUCCAUCACAAUCUGAUAUACCAGUCCUAUUGCUUGAUUUGACCAAGAACUCAAACUAGUUAACAGAGACAGAAUGUUGAAAUAAUGUGUUUAACUCCCUUUGGAUCUCUCGUCAUCAAAUAACUGCCGCAAAACAAGCCAUAAAUCCCUUAAAGCUGUUUGAUCCCUGUAAUACAGUGGUGAUCAGCUUAGAAAAUAUGCAUGAAAAGGUUGGUGAAGUUGAAUAUGGGAGAUGGGGGUGGGGAGGUGUGGAGUUGUGCAGCAUUUCAACCAUUGCAGUGAAAUUCUAUAUUGCUGUUUUGCCACAUUUAAUUCAGUCACUUUUAGCAUAGUAUACCCUAAUGUACCGUAUGUAUGAAUUCCACUUCUGUGGUGUAACAAAGUGGUAUAUUUGGGAGGGGAAGGGUUAGGGGAAAAAAAAAUCAAUCCUGCAUAUUGGCACUGCAUACUUAGUGAAAGGUAAUUAAAGGUAAAAGUUGGUAUUUCACUACAGUCUUACAUGAGAGAUUUAAGCUUUAAUUAAAAUUAAGAUGUCUUUUCCUGAACCAUUGCUCUUUAACAAUUUCUGAUCCCUAGUUAGCCAUAUUAGUGCUACACUAAUUGCCCCUGUGUGUAACGAUGAACUGGGCCUGGUACUGUGGAUGUCCCACUUCUGUAAAUAGCCCUUGCUACUGAACAAGUGGAAAGAGACAAGUUUGCUUUGGUUUCUUUUCUAAUGACCCACUCACGGUGGUGCUGACCUUUUCUCUGUGUCUUGAAAAUAAACAAUUGAGUCCAGUAAAAAUGUGUAGAGUAUUUAUAGCCCAUAGAUGGAUGAAAGUAUUCUUUAAUAUGGAUACAUGAGCUACUAUUUAGCCAGUCUUUUUCUAAGGAUUUUGUAUUUUUUGGACAGUUGGAUAAAUUAGAUCCCAUGUUGACAAUAAUUUCAAUAAUUAUGCCAAAAACAAAAUUUACUUUUAAUGUCUGUUCUAAUUACUUUUCCGGGUGAGGAGAAAAUGUUUUUAAGAUAUAGCUACAAUUUUCCUUCAAUGUAGGUUGUGACUGUUGAUUUUAACCAUUUUUACCAAUGCUGUAGGCAGAGGCCUGAUUUUAAAUUGUUUUGUGUUAGUACAAAAUUGUUGACAGGUCAUAUUCAUGAAAGAUUUGACACCUACUCUGCACCCAUACAAGUUAGGAUGCAGAAUAGACAGGGAAAAUACUUAAAGCCCAGCUGAUUUUAUCAAGGGUUUUAUUUUGCAAAAGGUGCUUUAUUAAACAAAAAUUCUAUUGUGGGCUGGACCCGUUGAGGGGAGGACAGUAUAUUUUUUUUAAUUUCUGCCCUCCACACCUUAGGAGAAACAAGAGAACUAUGUGUACAGCACCAAACAGGUGUGUCUAUUCUAGCCAUCACUCAGCAAAAGCAAAAAUAAAUUCUAACACCAGCCAAUUCUGGACCACACCACUACAUCCCUCCAUUGUAAGGAGAUGAGUAAAUGCUGCAAAUGUAGUUCUUUUUGGAUGCUAUGUCAUGAAUACAACCAAAUCCCUGUCUUUGUAUUUAGCUACGCAUUAUAUAUAGAUAACCUAAUAACAAAUGCAUAGAUAUAUAUUUUUCAAAUUUGAAGCGGAUCCUUUAAAUAUACUGUUUCUGGUGAUAUAUAACAGGCUGAUUUUGGUUCCUUUGUCAGUUUAGAAACUAUAUCUUUGCUCUUCACACUUUCUUUAAGCAGGAUAGUUGUGGAAGAUCUAUAUCAGUUAUAAUUGUGAAACAAAAUGGAAUGUACCCCUUGCUUCUCAGAGGAACUAAAAUCUCUUGAUAUUAUUUCAGUACAUAGGAUGCCCUUAUAUAUAAAAAAAAUUCAAACCUUGGACAACUUAGAUUAUUUCAGUUUUACAAGUAGCUGACUGAUUUUAAAUUAUUUAAAUUUCAUGCAAAUUGAGUGAUGAUAAAUGUUCAGGAGGGAACAAAUUUUGGAAAGAAAAAUGACUGGUGCUUAUGAGAUGAAAAAUUAUACAGCAGUUUAUAACAAUAUACUAAAAUUGGAUUGACUUGUGAUUAAAUAAGACCACCGGGAAAAAAUAUGGAGAAAUUUUAUAAGGUUUUAGAUGGGUAUAUAAAGGGAGGAGAUGGUAAGAACCUAUUGAAUAACUAUAACCUGCCUCAUCAAAAUUAAAUUUGGUUUACAAAUUGCUAGUUAAAAUCUGUUCGUUGUUUAAUUCUGAUGACAGUUGAAAAGUCAUUGUCACAAUACUAGAAGUACCUACAAAUUAUGGGUAAAAACUGCACAAGCCAUACUGCUCACAGGUGUCCUACAAAUUGUGUUCCAAGAACACACUACAUUAUUCCUUUUCAAUAGGAUCUAAAUGAAACUGGAGGAUUUAAAAUGUAUGCACAUUCAUGCUAAGUUCGUGAAUACAAUAUUCACACAUACCUAGUAUAAGUGCCCAAAGCAUUACUAGAAACGUAGUUCACAUGAAUCAUGAAGAAUUAAAUAUAUUUAUCAAACCUUAAACUGUUUAAUUCAACUCCGUGAAUAAGUUUAAUACAACUUAUCAAUUAAGAUAUGAGAAAGGUAUUUUUAAGAAAAUUGAUGAUAAAAAUUAAGAUGACAGUGUUGUUUAUUAACCUUUUAUAUAACUUGCCUAAUCACAUUGUCUUGACAUAUAAUCAGGUUUACAAGGAUGUAAAACUCGUUUAGAAAUGGUGCCAAUUUUGGUAAGACUAAUUAAAACUGCUUAAACAUAAGUUAAUAUAAAACAAGGACACUGUCACUUCAAAUGUUAAUGGUGUGCCUUUUACAGAGGGACAGAAGAACUUGUGUCCACCAUGUAGAGAUAUAAAUUCUUAAAUAUUUUUCAGAAUUGUCUAAUUUUGAUUGUAUAUUUUAAUGUCCAUGCACUGAGAUAAUGUAAAGACCAGACAAUCAAAUGUGGCUCUAUUACCUCAAAAAAAUUUGCUCUUGUAGGUUAUAUACAGGAUUGUGUGUAAUAGUUCAUUCAUGAUGUGCCAUUUUUUGAAAUAUGGAGGGAAAGAAUGAACAAAUGCUAGCAAUUUCAUAAUUGUGAGAGUGAAAAAAAGAUAUUGAAUAUUAUGGAGAGCUUGCUUAACCUCCACAGCCUCUCAUCUUCUCAAUGUAAAGUGACCCAUCAAUAGGAUAAAAUCUGUGUGUAGCUUUCUCAAAAAUCUUUUCGUUUCUUUGACUUAUGUAAAUCCAACAGGCAUGUGUUUUUGUAGAAUGUUUUUCCAGGAUCCUGCUUCUCUUUAUUAUGCUUUGAACUGAUCUUUGUGGUACUUCUGCAGUCAUGUCUCAUUUACUAAUAGUGUUGCAGAUGAAAUUUGUGCAGGUGUUUAAGUCCAAUAAUUGUGAAUAGCUUUCAACGAUGCAGAUAAAUGGACAGAAAUUGAAUAAUAAAUUUGU